CCCCAAAAACAUUUGCUUCCAAAUCCCCCUUAAAUCUCACUAAUUAGGUCAGAUUUCCACCUCUCGGAAUCCCAUUCCAUGCAACCCUUUCGAGCACUAGCAUGAAUUUUCCCGCUUUUACAGGUGGGAAGUCCAUUCCUCCCUAAAAAUUCAACGUGUGAAUCAGAGCCUGCAUGAAACUCCUCUGUAUUUUUUCUUAAAACUGAGAUAAAGCGAUUGAUCGAUGGAUUUCUUCACUGAUGGGUGCCUUAAUUAAUUCUUUACUACAUACCCACUUUGAUUUCAGGAAUAUGGGUUUUUCUGGUGGGGGUUUUUACUCAUAUACGCCUCCUUCUCCUAGGUUUUUAACCCUCUCUGUCUCUUCCCUCUUGCUUGCUCUGUUCAGAUUUUUCAGCAAGUUCUUCCUCAGAGUCAGUUUUGUUAAUGGUAAGAGUUAUUGGAUGAACAAUUAUUGUUGUUCUGGCCCUGUUUCUGAAGAAACCGAUCAAAUGGUAUCGAAUAAUAAUCUUGUUGAGACAGAAGCUCUGCCUGGAAAAUCGGAUUCUUGUUGUCCUAGCUCUGCUUCUGAAGAAACCAAUCAAACGGUAUCGAAUAAUCCGGCUGAGCCAGAAGCUCUGCCUGAGAAAGCUGAUUCCGAGAUUUCGAAAAGCCAUGGAGAUUCCGAGUUUGGUGAAGCUGAUGAUGGAGAGGCGUCGAAGCAGAGUUUUGUAUUUAAAUUCGAGUACCAGACUAAAGAAAUAUUAAGCAGAAGCAAUAGAGAGUUUGAGUUUAUGGCUGACAAGUUUAACCUAUUCAAAGUAGAACCAGAAUUCAUAAGCAGCAGCAGAAAAUACGAAUUCAAAGUCGAAGAGGUUGUGAGUUGCUUCGUGGAAGAAGCUAAAGUUGCAACCUUUACCGUCGAAGAAGGAGGUGAUCAUGAGCAAAUUACUCAGGAAUUUGCAGGUGAGGAAUGGGAGGAAGAUGAAGAGUCUGAUAAGAUAUCGCUGACGGAAGAUCCUCAUUUGGAUGAAGAGCGAGUGGGGAGUCUUGAAAGCGAUUCAGAUUGCGAGAAAGUUGAUUCGCAUGAAGUUAAGUUCUUGUCAGAAAAGGACUUUGUUGCUUCAGAUUAUGAUUGUGCUUCUACUGGCUCUCCUAAUCUGGGGUUUUUGUCUGUAGCAGAUUCUGGGGAAAGAAAUGACCAGCUUGAGAAUUUAGAUAUGGGGUACGAGUCUGAUUGUUUCGAUGAUGAAGAUGAAGAUAUACACGAACAAAUUCAAGAAUUGGAAGAGAUGUCCAGCAACUCGAAUCCAAAAGGGUUUAGUAGCAAAGACGAAAAACCAAUUGAGGUUCAUGCUGAAAACCCCGAUGUUCGUUGUUUGACACCUAAUGCUUCCGAGGAUUCAAACACAUUGGAAACAUUGUGGGAACACCAGGAUUUGAUAGAACAGUUGAAAAUGGAGCUCAACAAAGUCAGAGCUACUGGCCUGCCUACCAUUCUUGAAGAAUCCGAGUCCCCGAAUAUGGAUGAUUUGAAGCCAUGGAAGAUCGAUGAAAAAAUCCAUCAAGGUGAUAGAAUGGGAGAACUUCAGAAGUUCCACAGAAGUUACAGAGAACACAUGCGAAAAUUCGACAUUUUGAAUUACCAGAAGUUAUAUGCAAUAGGUUUCUUGCAGUCCAAGGAUCCACUUCAGUCGUUUCCGAGCUCCAAGUCCUCAGCUCCGACAAUCCCAUCCUUUCUCUCACAGAUUUUUUGGGGAUGCAAACCGAAAAAGGAUUCGGAUUCCGACCCAAUGGUGAAAUUUAUUAGAGAAUUGCAUAGUGAAUUAGAAGUGGUUUAUGUGGGGCAGUUGUGCCUUUCUUGGGAGAUCCUUCAAUGGCAGUAUGAGAAGGCCGUCAAGCUUUGGGAAUCGGCUCCGUCUGAAAUUGGUUCGUACAAUGCAGUCGCGGGCGAAUUCCAACAGUUCCAAGUGCACUUGCAUAGAUUUGUAGAGAAUGAAUGUUAUCAAGGGCCUAGGGUUGAAAAUUACGUCAAGAAUCGAUGCAUCACGCGCAAUCUUCUUCAAGUUCCGGUGAUUAGAGGGGACAAUUUAAAGGAGAGAAAGAAAGCAAGAAGAAAAGGCAAAGAUGAUGGUGCAAUUACAAGCAACAUUCUAGUAGAGAUACUCGAAGAAUCAAUAAGGACGAUUUGGAGAUUCAUUCGAGCUGAUAAACAUGCUAAUUGUACGCUUGCAUGUCGAAAGAGAAGACCAGAAGAAGAGCUUGAAGAAUCGGAUUUGAAGCUUUACAUAGAGAUCCAAACAGAUCUUCACAAUAAAAAGAUGAAGCUAAGAGAAAUAUUGAGGAGUGGGAACUGCAUACUAAAGAGAUUGAAAAAGCAUGGGGAUGUAGGCACAGAUCACCUCUGCUUCUUCUCCCAAGUUGACAUGAAAUUAGUAGCUAGGGUUUUGAACAUGUCGAAUAUUACAACAGAGCAACUAGUGUGGUGCCGCAAUAAGUUGAGCAAGAUAAAUUUUGUGAACCGAAAGCUCCGCGUAGAUCCUUCCAUCUUGCUAUUUCCAUGCUAGCAAUAGUAGCCAAACUUUUGUCUAACCAAAGAAGUAAUAUUAGCUUCCCAACUAUGAUUGUUCAUAUUUUCUCAUCAAAGCGAUAUUUUAAUUUACAUUAAUAUACGAGGAAAAGAUUUCAAA